AUGCAUGAUGACGAUCUUGGUGAUUGUACAACUAAACGUUUAUUAGAUUUGAAAAAUGAACCCAUACAAUUAUUGUCACCAAUAGAAGGGUAUGGAAAUCACCCGUUAGUAUCUUUGGAAGAGGCCGUGAAACCAAUAGAACAUUUGGUUCCAGAGCUUGAACGAUGGGUUUAUUUUGCUAAACAUAAUUCAAGUCAACAACUAUCAUCCGAUAGUCUUACACAUGAUGAACAAGCGGCUAUUCAUUUAUAUACGAUGGAAUGGAAUGAAUGCUCAUAUACGGUUCUAAAUCGUACACUCCGUCCAAAAGAUCGUCGUCAGUUGAAACCAUGGUUUUUAUAUUUAAAACUGAUUCUUACAGUAUUGUUCAAACUGCCAUCUGUUUUUGAUGUGCUAUAUAGAGGUAUUAAGUUAGAUUUAAGUCAAGAAUAUGUAGAAGGACAAAUUUGUACAUGGUAUGCUUUUAGUUCAUGUACAGAAUCAUUGAAAGUACUGGAAUCAGAACAAUCCUUGGGCAAAACGGGUACAAGAACAUUAUUUAAUAUCCAAUGUGAAAAUGGUGAAAUUAUUCAAAAAUAUUCACAUUAUGAAACAGAAGCUGAAAUACUUCUUCUACCACCUACACAAUUUCAAGUAAAAAGUAAACUGAAUCCGGCACCUGGCCUGCACAUUAUACAUCUAAAAGAAGUCAAAUAA